CCCUUCAACCAGCUGCCCGGGGACUGGAGGGCCGGCUGGCUCAACCUGUACCGCUUCUGGCAGGAGGGCGGCUUGCACAACCUGCACCACAUCAUGGCUCGCAAGUUCCAGCAGUUCGGGCCCAUUUACAGGGAGAAGCUGGGUGUCUAUGAGAGUGUGAACAUCAUCACCCCCCAGGAUGCUGCCACCCUCUUCCAGGCGGAGGGGACGCUGCCGGAGCGCUUCAGCGUGCCCCCAUGGGUGGCUUACCGCGACUACCGCAACAAGCCCUAUGGUGUGCUCCUCAAGACAGGGGAAGCCUGGCGCUCGGACCGGCUGAUGCUCAACAAGGAGGUGCUGUCACCGCAGGUGGUGGAAGGGUUCGUGCCUCUGCUGAGCCAGGUGGGAGAUGACUUCAUCCGACGGGCACGAGCCCAGGUUGGGAAGAGCGGUCGGGAAUACUGGACAGCAGACUUUACCCAUGAGCUCUUCCGCUUCGCCCUGGAGUCUGUGUGCCACGUGCUGUACGGGGAGCGCCUGGGGCUGCUGCAGGACUUCGUGGACCCCGAGGCUCAGCGCUUCAUCGACGCCGUGGCCCUCAUGUUCCACACCACGUCCCCCAUGCUCUACCUGCCGCCCGCCCUCCUGCGCCACCUCAAUGCCAAGACGUGGAGGGACCACGUGUGGGCCUGGGAUGCCAUCUUCUCCCAGGCGGACAAAUGCAUUCACAACGUGUACCGGGACCUGCGCCUGCAGCGCAAGAGCACCACGGAGUACAUGGGCAUCCUCUGCAGCCUCAUCCUGCAGGACAAGCUGCCCCUGGACGACAUCAAGGCCAGCGUCACCGAGAUGAUGGCGGGUGGGGUGGACACGACCUCCAUGACGCUGCAAUGGGCCAUGUUCGAGCUGGCGCGGGCCCCGGCGGUGCAGGAGCAGCUGCGGGCAGAGGUCCUGGCUGCCAAGCGGGAGGCGGCAGGGGACAGGGGGAAGAUGCUCAAGAGCAUCCGGCUGCUCAAAGCUGCCAUCAAGGAGACGCUCAGGCUGCACCCAGUGGCGGUGACGCUGCAGCGGUACACCACACAGGAGAUCAUCCUCCAGGACUACCGUAUCCCUCCCAAGACGCUGGUGCAGGUUGGUCUCUACGCCAUGGGCCGGGAUCCCGAGGUGUUCCCGAAGCCGGAGCAGUUCAUCCCGCAGCGCUGGCUGGGGGCUGACCCCAAGCACUUCAAGGGGCUGGGCUUUGGUUUCGGCCCCCGGCAGUGCCUGGGGCGCCGGAUUGCGGAGCUGGAGAUGCAGAUCUUCCUCAUGCAGAUCCUGGAGAACUUCAAGAUCGAGACCAUGCGAGCAGUGGAAGUCGGGACUAAGUUUGACCUCAUCCUGAUCCCGGACAAACCCAUCUACUUGACCCUGCGGCCGCUCGAGUCCCUGCUGUGA